CAAUACCCUUUGUAUUUCUUACCCUAGUUUUAACAUUUUCCCUAUUUGUUUCUGAAUCCUCCUCUUUCAUAUUCUUCUCUAUGCCGCCUUCAUGAUUCUCCGUUGUCUCCUUUAGAUUAUCAACAUUCAACCAUAGUGGUGUACCACUACACAUCUUCAACAGCUUCAAGCUAACAUUGUUUCUAGUUGUGGAGCCAAAUGUGCUGCUCUCGAUCUUCCUAUCUAUGACAAUAGACGAUGUGCUUUGGAUGUAUAGUCCUCGACUUUUGAAAUUUCCUCUUUUGAAAGCUCAUAAGUUAAAGCAGUUACAGAGAGAGACCCAUUAUUCAAUGAUGUACCAAGCUAGAACAAGGAAAAGGGUUUUUGGUAUCCAAAUACAUCGUGGUCCUGAUGGCAGUGCUUUUCAAAAAUGUGAAACAUGUGGAGUCUCAGUGGCUAUUGCGUUGGCUGACAUGCAUGAAUGUGAACCCAGAAAAAUUGUAAAGAAAUUGAAAUGCCAACCCAGGAGCAGAACCAUUGUUAAGGGGAAGAGGCUUAUUCACCAACCCAGAUCGGCUUUUCGAAUUUUCAUGGAGGAUUUUGUGAAGAAAAACAUUGACGGAAAUGAGUUUGAAGUAGAUAACAGAGGUUUUGAGACGUGGAAAAACAUGACACGUAAGGAGAAGAUUUUGUACUUCAUGAAAGCCGAGAUAAUUAAUCUUGCACAUGUGAAACUUUUGCACAAAGAGGAGAAUGAUAUGCUAUGGAGGGUGGAUGACGAGGCAGAUUCAGCUGAUGUUGGCAAGUAUGAUAAGAACUAUGAAGACUAUGAUCAUUAUGAUUCUGAAUCUUCUUGGGAUUUGAUUGAUUUUGGCCUGAGGUAGACAAGAGCUUUGACACCAGUGAGAGGGAGGGUUUGUUCCCUUGAAGGGCUGGUGUAAAAUCUUGAGGAUUGAACAUCAUUUUGAUUUUUGAAGGGGUUCCAUGCUUUGGACUAACGGAACAUUUAUGUCAGUGGCUGGCAUCUGUUUUUGUGCAGAAGCCUUGCCGAUUCCUACCUUAUUUAAGGCAAGUCAGGUUGGUUGGCUACUGCGCGUAGUAUUUGUUACUAUAGGAGUUAAGAUAUUGAACAUCGUAGACAAUCCCACUCGAUAAUCUUCAGUGAUGCAUUUCUUGAGAUCAGCCAGGAGCCUUGUAUAGGAUGGUUUUUUGUGAAGUUUCUUGUUUGAUUUGUAUGCUUCCUACUUGUGGAAUAGGGCCUUUGUGUACAGUCUCAUGAAAUGAGAAAUGCUGAUUUUUGCCCAGCUAUUUAUGGGGAUAGUUUAAUAUUUAUCC